AUGGCAAAUAUAGAUGGAAGAGAAGAAAAAGCGAACUUUCGUGUUAGAUUUUAUAAUGCGGGAGGCGAUUGGACGAGUAAUUUAAGGGAUAAGUUUAUUCGUAUGAAGCACAAAAUUGAAAAUACAAAACAAAUAGCUGAUUUAGCAAGCAUGUUAGCAGUUAGCAGCACAGAGUCCACGUUGAGGGCGCGGAUGGAUAAAUAA